CAACCCCUCCAACCCGACUAGCUGAUCCCCCGCGGCCGUGGUUGUUAGCCAUGCGAGCCGCGACGCGAUGAUGAUGGAGGCUUGAAGCCAGCUCCAGCGAGGAUCGGGCUGCAAUGGCGGAUGAUGACUUGGAAAAGCAGGCACAGGAAAUGGCCGAGAAGGCCUUGCCAGCCAGCCUUCCGGAAGCUGCACGGCGGGCGAAGAUUCCAACGAUCAAGCAGAAGAUCUUGGAACGCCUCAAGGCACAGAAAGUGGAGAAUGCCUCAAAGCCGGCGCCCAAACCAGGUGCUGCUCCUCCACCGGCACAGGCACAAAGCGGGCAUAUCCCGCCGCCGGCCGGGCAACCGCCCGCCCCUCCGCCGCCGCCACCGCCGCCCUCCGAUGUGGGCGACGCACGGGUCUUGCGCCUCGAUGGUGUGGAGAUCUGUGGCGAUGAGCCAUGGUUUGCGGAUGCCAGCAUCCGCAAACGCCUUCGGGACUCCGUCACCGAGGCGCAUAAGGAACAGAAGAUUUUAGUGGGACCUCCUGCUGACGAGGUGGUGCGGAUUUGCCCAGAGGACGGCCGGGUGCUGGGCGCUGGGGCGGUGCUCCGCUUGGGUGGCGCCCACCUGGGCGGCUACGGCGAGUCGGACAUUGCCUACGCCUACCGCCAGCUUUCUCGAGCACUACAUCCUGACAAGAAUCCGGACCUGGACAAGGCACAGGCAGCUUUCCAUCGGCUCUCAGAGGCCUCGGAUGAGCUGCGACAAGGGCUUCAAGAGCAGCGAAACGCCUUGAAGCUCAUUGUUGGGGUCAUGGGUGGAACAGCCACGGAGAUGAUGCUGGAACGACCGCAAGAGGCGUUAUUUGCAGAAGCCUCGCGGCUUUUGUGUGCCGUGUGCGGAAUCGUGACAGAGGGAGAAGUGUCCCAUGUUGCGCAGGGCAGGGCGCAGUUCAAGUUCCAGCGGUCCUCUCGCAUGUUCUACAGCUGUCACAUGCAGACGCUGAUGUCAGAAUGGUUCGAGAAGACAUAUUUGCUUGAUCUUUAUGCAAGUGCACCCAUUCGGACGGCCUAUGAUUGCGCGCCCAAGUGCUUCCGAGCGCAAUUCUUGUGCCUCCUCAACCGGGCCGCUUUGGCCGAGGCCAAGAGAUUUAACGACUGCGUGCGCGCGGGUUGGCCGAAGAUCAUGCAGACCUUUCCUGAAAUGGGGCUGUGGCGUGAGCUACGGCAGGCCAUCCAUGCACGUGUGUGGGACACCAGUGGUGAGCCGGUGCCUGAAAUACAGGAGGAAAACCCAACGGAGGAGACCAAGAGGAGCAAAAGCAGGAAGAGGAGCCGGUCCCGGAGCCGGCGCCGCAACCGGGACCGGGACCGUGGCCGCGGGAACCGGCGGGAGGACGGGACCUACGAGAUCGACGAUGGCCGCCGCCACCGCGAUGAUACCAAUUGGUACGAGCGAAAUCCCAUCAGCGGUCGCGGUAAGGGGCCUUUGGCAGAAAGGGAGCGGAAACGCGACCUGGCCUGGGAGGCCCGGUGGACCGCCAGUGAAGAUGAUGGCCCAAAGCCAAUGCGGGCUCAGGAGGAGCCUGAGGAGGAAGUGGGCCGAGACCCACGGGAGGUCAUAGCGGUCCACCCCUCGGGUGCCCGCGCCUGCAAGUGGGCGCGGAAGUGGCGCUCGGCCAUGGCAGCCAUCCUUCCCAGCGGCAUUGAUGCCACAGCGCCCUUGACGGACACCGACGUGAGAAAGCUGGGCUUGCUGCUUUGGAAGGACAUCGCAGCGUGGGCCCAGCGAAGUGAGAUCAGCCGCUACCUGGGCCUCUUCCGAGCAGACCAUCAGACCUCGAAGACCUUCGGAUGGGAUGGGAAGGAAAUGCCUAGCACUCGUGGCUUGGAGCCAGCUCGCGUCCCGCCAGAGUGGUCCUUCGUGCCUGUCACGGACUUGUUUCUGGUGGUGGGAGAAGGGCUAGUGGGCAUCACCACGGAAGGCAUCUUCGGGGACUUGCCGAAGGGCACCGGAAGAACAAGCUUGAGGGAAUGUUAUAAGAAGCACGGCCCUCAGAUGAAGCAUGCCCAAACGUGGGCUACUGGGGAUGCCCACGCCGUGAUGCCAAGCUCAGAUAGCAACUUGCACCCACUAAGGAAUUUGCACAUUGUAGGACGAAGUGGAGCACAAGGAAGUGGUGUGAAGUAUUUGAUGCACAAGACAUGCGGUACUAAGAGAUGUUCUGCUAAGCGGCAUGGUGCAAAAUGUUUCUUCGGGGCCGUCUGUUGGGUUUCGCUUGGCCGAGGGAGAGGUUGAUGCUACGCCCAAGUAAAGGUGUUGCGUGUUGCUCUGCUUUGUGAGCAGGGCUACUGUUUGGCUCUUGAAGUGGAAUUCAAAGAAAUUGCUCGGGCAGUCCCACCAGAUUUGGCCAUUUCUGCUGGAGAGUUGUCUUCCUAACAACCCUUUGAAACGAUUCAGGGGUCUCCCUGCCAGGUCAAAAGCUGACUGCAUUUGCAAGCUUGCAGAAACUUGCUCACUAAGGCUGCCAGGAACAGAACUUGCACCCACCACAUCGUAGUUGGCUUGUGAAGACAACAGGGACCUUUGCAAGGAUGGCCACGAUUGCUGCGAAUGGUUGAAGGAUGGAAAGGUGCUCACACUGCCAAGUUGCAGACUCUCAAGCGUGAUGUCACUAGCCGCUAGCCUGCUUGGGAGCUCGUUUCGGGACAACAGGCUCAACAGUUCGAGACUCAGUUCGACUCCUAAACGAGAACACAAGUUGCCUCAUCGGCUUCUCUUCUUACCAGUAGCUAGGUCCCUCCCUUGGGUUCCAAGAGUCCUGCAACUGGCGCUGGCACCCACACAUGACGGAGCCGGACGGACGGAGCCUCUUCCGACCUCGACCGGUUUAGCGAGAAUGGCGGACGACAAGGCGAGAGAAGGAGCCCAAGGAUGCGGUCAGGGCCUUGGAAUUGGCCCCCAGCGACCUGCGGCCUGCACUUGUGCGGGCGAGCAUCGGCUAUUUUUUGGAGCCGUAGGGCCGUACCCACAUCAUUUGAAAGGAACAGCAUGAAAGCAUGAUGGGAGUCCAUAUCAUUCCAUGAUUUUUUUCCCAGCCUUGAAACAUCUCAGCUUCGCUCAGCUGUGCUGCUGUUUUCGUUUGAAGGUUGACCGCAAUGAUUCGGUGGAGCCACCAUGAAGCAGGCCUAAAGCAGCCAGCCACGAUGGAGGAGCUUCCAGUGCUGCCCUCAGGGGGUCCGUGUCUGACAGUCUUCCUAAGUCGCGGCUAAGCAUGGAUGAGCCUUCAAAGUGAGAAAGCUUUUUAGAAUUUGUGCCACAUCUUCUAUACAUAUAUAUAUAUAUAGAUUAAAUGGGAAAAUAAUGGAACGUCUUCAAUUUGGAGUAGUGCAGAAUCUUCACCCAUUGGACUGUUGCUGCUUUGUCAGAAUAUAUGUCAGAAUGGGAGUUGGAUGACAAUGAUAGCGAGCACUAAGAAAAAGUAUGUGGAUCCAAACAUAGUUUUGAACAGUUUUGAAACAACCGAAGCUUUGUUCAGUACUCAUAGAAGCGAUAUGUUGGACUCACACUCCGGUUACCAUGAGUUUACUUCCUCUUUCGCUCGGUCUUGAAUUGCUCGACAUUCAAGUUGAAAAGCAAAAUCGAAUGUUCGGAAGAGACCCCACAAAAUUGUUCAAAAAUGGUGAAAAAAACAAACAUGUGAAACACCAUUGUCUCCAUGUCCAGCCUAACACCUUGGCCCCCCAACCCCGCGCGACCGUGGCCGCGGAGCCCUGCGACGCGUCGGCUGGUCCAUCGUUGCUUCAGUCCAAAUGAGACCUGAGCCGAAAAGGGUAGAGUUGCAGCUGUAGGCCGCGGAGGAAGCCUUUCGGAUCUAUUGCGAACUCAUCCGAGC